GUCAGUUCCGAUCCAAAUCCCGUCGCUACUCGCCCAUCCCCUUCGCCGCAGCGCCGCCGCCUCUGAUCUCCACCCUCCUCGACGCGGCGACUCUGCUUUACGCCCUUACGCGGCGGAGGCAAACAGAUCAAGGAUAACACAAAAUCAUACUUUGAAGAGGUGUCUUGUGCCAAUCACUGGAAUAAUGACUCCGUCGGCAUCUGUUGGAAAGGAAGUCAACUUGAAGGAAGUCAACUUCAACUUGAAGGAGGAUAAGAACAUACCCUGUGCUAUUCAGUUUGUAACGACGAUGUUGGGGACGUCUUCAACAUUGACGAUCGGGGACCGGAACAAGAAGUUCAGGGUGAGCCGUUCUUCGACUUGGAUAACGGUUGUCUUCACACAGUCUAUGUUCAUUGCCACCACAGCAGGUUGGAUCUACGACAUGUAUAAUAAACCUAUCUGGAAUGCCGGCUUCCCAUGGUGGCUGCCAGUUGCUGUGUUGUUGGGCGCCUACCUGGCAGUGGUAGACCUGGCGCGUGGGUAUUUGACCCUCUUCGUGCCACAGGCACCCUUGGCGGCAUGGAAUGCACUUGACGAAGUUGGCUUCAAGGUGAUUGGAUUUUCUGUCAUCUUAAUCUCUGUCCCUGUUUUCUUGUUUGACCAGGCGUGGCUGCACAUCACCUUUGCUUGCCUUCUUAGUGUCCUCAUUGCUACCAUACUUGCCUUCUGUGUCUGUCUUGUUCGCACGUACCGGCAAUAGCCCUCUUGGCACCUAGCGGCUUUGUUUAUGGUUUGGAUGUCGUUUGCUAGUAGACGAAUAAGCUUGUCUCUCCAAGCCAAAGUCGCCCCUUUUGUGUAAACAGUCGGUGCCACUCAUGUGUUGUUGUUGUUAUUAUUAUUAUUAUUAUUAUUA